AUGACAUUCGACAACUCUCAAGAACUCCUAUGGACUGGAAAUGAUUAUGGUCGAGUUACUUCCUUCUACGGUACCGAACUCCAACGAUAUACUUCCUUCAAGGCGCAUGCAUCAUCCGAUGGACCCGUUCGUCAAAUACUUGUUAAUGAUAAAGGGAUUGUUGCUUUGGGUGCCAAGGAUUUGCAUAUGGCCAUAAGAAGAGGGCUACCCAUAUGGCAUAUAAGACAUGAUGAUAUGAAAGAUUUACGAUGCAUGGCCUUCACGUCUAAGGGAACAGCGGAGAUCAUUGCUGCGGGUAUGCAAGAUACAAUGCUUGUCAUUGACCUCACAAGGGGCGAAGUCGUUAAACAAGUACCUACUGAGCACCAGUAUACAGUUAUGCGACGUGGACGUUACAUAUGUGCCGCUACUAAGAACGGCUCUGUUAACCUUUUAGAUCCCCUUACAUUCGCAGUCGUUAAAUCGUGGAAUGCACAUUCAGCCUUGAUAAAUGACAUGGAUGCUCAGCAUGACUUCAUUGUUACUUGUGGAUACUCGCUGAGGCAAGGGCAAAGCUAUAUGUUAGAUCCCUUCCUCAACGUGUUUGAUAUCAAGAACAUGUCCUCUAUGCCUCCCAUCCCUUUCCCAGCCGGCGCUGCCUAUGUGCGAAUGCAUCCCAGAAUGCUUACGACGAGUAUCGUUGUCUCGCAGAGUGGCCAGAUCCAUGUUGUGGACCUCAUGAACCCCAAUACAAGCAAUGUACGCCAAGCUAAUGUUCUCUCUUACAUGAGCAUGUUCGAAAUUGCACCUUCUGGCGAGGCAAUUGCCAUGACAGAUGCUGAUUGUGUUAUCCAUCUCUGGGGGUCCCCCACAAAGCUUCAUUUCGUGGACUUAGCUACUCCCAUUGAGUUCGCAACUCCUGAGGAGCCUCUGCCAAACCUUGACUGGUCGACCGAUACACCUUUUAACUCGAUUGGUAUGCCAUACUACCGGGAGACUCUAGCAUCUGCAUGGCCAUCCAUACCUUGCGAUGUUGGUGCCCCCCCCGUAAAGUUCGAUGCAAAGUUUCUCUCAGCGCUUAAGUCUGCCGAGUUUGGAUCAUAUGGUCAAAAUACUCGAGGACUGCGCAGAAACCAGGCGGAGAACACCCGGAAUGUUCACAAAUCAGGCAGUUCUGGACUAAAGGCUCCAAAAUUCCUCAGCGAAAAGGCACGCGAGCUUGCAAGUAGCAACGCUGCUAGCUCUGAGGACAAGGACGAUGAGCUAAUAGUUUCACUUGCGAACAUGGGAAUAGAGAGCAAGAAGUCCGAAGUACCAGUUAUGUAUCGCACCGUUGAGAUCAAAUACAGCAAGUUUGGAGUGGACGACUUCGAUUUUGGAUACUACAACAAGACUCGUUAUUCUGGGCUCGAGAAUCACAUCUCUAAUUCAUAUGCCAACUCUCUUCUACAGAUAAUGCAUUUCACUCCCGUCAUUCGAAACUUUGCUCUCCAGCACGCUGCGACCGCUUGCGUGGGCGAUAUUUGUCUGCUGUGCGAGCUUGGUUAUCUAUUCGAUAUGCUCCAGAAAGCCGAAGGGUCAAUCUGCCAAGCGACGAACUUGCUAAAGACCCUAAGCAGUCACCCUCAAGCUGGUCCGCUUGGCCUGCUGGAAGAGGAUCCUCAUGGGUCAUCUUUAAAUGUCAUGCUUCAGGGACUCACGCGCUUUCUCCUGGAUAAAAUUGUACAUGACUACAAGACUAUCAACCCGUCAUCUUCUGCUAUGGACCAGGUGCUUGCGACGUCUGCAACGACAUCUAUCAGAUGUAUUAAUUGCAGGAGCGAAUACACCCGCCCUGGAUCAACUUAUGUCAACGACUUACUCUAUCCGUCCGCUGUUGGGGUUAGAAAUGCCAAGUUGCCACGGACCACGUUUUCUCAAGUUCUCAAGAACAGCGUGGAACGGGAAACGACCUCCAAGGGGUGGUGCAGUCGAUGCCAACGAUACCAGACGAUAGCCACGCGAAAGAGUAUCCACAGCAUCCCAGCAGUACUCAUGCUCAACACUGCAAUAACAAGCCAAGAGCAACGUGUGCUUUGGUCAACACCAGGUUGGCUUCCCGAAGAGAUUGGGAUCAUUGUCGAGAAAGGACAGUUUUAUUGCUAUGAAGGGGAGGAUUUGAAGCUUCAUCUCCAACGAGCAGCGCACAACAUCACUGUCUAUUCUUUGACUGGUAUGGCAAUCAAUAUUGAGAGUGGACAAACGCAGAAAUCACAUCUUGUAUCGAUGGUUAAUGUGGGACAUGCAGAAUCUGAAGCGCCAGGGGAAAGCCGAUGGCACCUAUUCAAUGACUUCUUGGUAAAAUCAGUUACUACAGAGGAUGCUCUUACUUUCAAUACAUCUUGGAAGGUUCCCUCCGUCAUCGCGUACCAGGUGAAAGAUGAGAACAACAAGAUCGACACGGAAUGGAAGAAGAACAUUGACACUUCGAUACUGUAUCAGGACUUUGGUCCAAAUUCGGAUCCGACGACCAAGACAUAUCAAAUACUCAACCCCAAGUCCGAAGCCCCUGGCCCAGGCACUAUUAUCGCACUGGAUACCGAAUUCGUUGCUGUGCGACAACCAGAGAUUGAGGUGAAUUCGGACGGUGAAAGAGAAACCAUACGCCCAAUAGCAUAUGCGCUCGCUCGAGCUUCAGUCGUUCGUGGCCAAGGCGAAGACGAGGGCACACCAUUCAUCGAUGAUUACAUUGACAUCAAAGAACCCAUUGUCGAUUACUUAACAUCAUACUCUGGUAUUACCGAGCAAGAUUUGGAUCCUCGAGUUUCUAAACACAGUCUCUUGUCAUUGAAAAAGGCCUACAAGAAGAUGUGGAUUCUUCUUAACCUUGGAUGUAAAUUCUUAGGGCAUGGGUUGAAGCAGGAUUUCCGAGUCAUCAACAUACACAUUCCCAAGUCACAGGUGAUAGACACGAUUGACUUGUUCUACCUCCAGUCUCGACUGCGAAGGCUAUCACUGGCGUUCUUAGCAUGGUAUCUUCUCAAAGAAGACAUUCAAAUGGAGACACACGACUCGAUUGAAGAUUCCCGGACAGCGCUCAAGUUGUAUAAGAAGUAUCUCGAGUUUCAGGAUGCUGGGAUAUUGGAGACGAUGCUGCAAGAUAUUUAUCGAGCCGGACGAGAAGUUAAUUUCAAGCCGCCUCGAAAAGACGACCAACACAUACCAAGGACUGACACACCGCCUCCUUUGCCUGUGGAUGGGUCAACGGGACCAGUAACACCUGUUAGAAGCACCAACAUUCUGGCGCAGACGCCUGGAUCAACGUUCGGAGGUGGAUCUAGCUGGACACCAGGAAAGGGAUCACCAUUGCCAUAG